CUGAUCUGGAAGAAACCGCAAACUGACUGUCAUUUAUUUUUUAGCGAAGGGAACCAAACCAACCUUCAGUGAAUGAACGUACGUGUUGUUGGAAGGUAGUCGAACCGUUGAUGCAGGAGACGAUCAUGUCACAAGAAGAGGAAACACAACCUCCGCGUAUUCGGGAACUGGACAUCAGUGAAGAAAGGAUAAAAGAACUUUGUGAAGAGAUGAAUGAUUUGAACAGAAGGAUGAGAGAAGUCGGGAGAAAGGUCAACCAACUGAGAAAGCCCCUGCCCUCGAGAUUCGGCUUCGCUCCCUUUUCCGCUGCCACCGCCUCCUCCCCCGCCAGGAUGGAACACCGAAAUCUCCGCCCUUGCGCUCCAGGCGGCCAUUCCACCCGAGGUCGAUCUGACGAAGCCUCCUCCACGGUGGCCCCCGCGAGGGACGGCCGACGCGUUCCCUGGUGAGAAUCCGGGGGGCGAAGGCCUUGCCGCAGGAGAAGAGGGCCCUAAAUGAAGCAGAUUUCUCUCGGGAUACCAUUCGAAUGAUACAUAUUAUUUUUACUUUCGAAAUCGAUUUCUGUAAUUAGCUUCGUCUGAGAUCUGCUAGAAAAAUUAAUGGAUCGAAGUUCAUAGCCUCUCUCGCAGUUUCUUUUUUUCUUCGUGUUUUGAUUGAUUGAAAAUCACUUCAGUUUCACAUUUUCUAAGUAGGCUGAGGAACAAAUGUUCAAUAACAAGUCUUAAGUUGUUUUUGUUUCAUAAUUUUAGUCAAAGAUUUUAUGUUUUUUUCCAGUGUAAAUUUAACGCGAAAUAAGGGAACGAGUAUAUGCAAAUUAACUGAUUUUGUUAGCCAUAUGAUUCUAAGACAUAUGCUCAUAUAUCAUUUAUAACAUAUAAACUGUUAGUAACAUCACUGUACUUACAACGGAUUCUCUGAAUCAGUGAAAUAAAUGUUUAUAUCUAACAAAAA